AUGCGUUCUUUCGUGAUGAAAACGGAAAACCGCGGACUAAACGAAACCGCUACGGUAAGCCGAUUUCAUUCAACAAAGAGUUUGGCUAUUACGACUGGGAUCGCAGUACGAAUCACAACAGUACUUCGAGACGAUUGGUGGACAGGAGAAGGCAAAGUUGUACAUCCGGUCCAUAUGAUGGUGACACCACGGGUAGUGGACGAAGUUCGUCGACAUUUCGCGUGCGACAAUCUUGAAGGGGCGGAGCUCGAAAACCAGGGCGGAGACGGUACAGCACUCACUCAUUGGGAAAAACGAGUAUUCGAGAACGAAGCUAUGACGGGUACGCACACGCAAAAUCCUGUGUAUUCACGUAUGACACUGGCGCUUCUCGAAGAUAGCGGGUGGUAUAAACCUAAUUAUGAGAAAGCUGAAGAAUUGCACUGGGGACGGAAACUCGGCUGUGAGUUCGCGAAAAAGAGUUGUGGCGAGUGGAUCAAUAAUAAAAUCGAGAAAGGUGAACUGCCUACGCCGUUUUGCAAUGAAAUCAAGCACGACGGACAGAAGUCUCUAGGCGUUGCCAGGUGCACUUCACAACGAGAUUCACUGGCGAUUUGCAAUCUUGUGCCCUAUAAGAAGGAACUGCCUAUACAAUUCCGGAAUUUCGCGAGAAUCACAGGUGGUCUUCUUCAGAAGGAGCGAAACAUUACGGGGGUACAGUGGAACUCGCUGACUUCUGCCCAUACAGCCAGGAGUUCCAAUGGAAACUGCCAAACUCGACAAUACGCCAAGAUUCUCGCUGUGAACUUGAAGGAAACAAUCGCGAUGGCGAGGACAUCCUUGAGGUGUAUGGUACGUCAUCACGCUGUUUCGACUUCAAACAACCAUGGCGUGAGCGAAAAUGUGGUCGAGUGA